AUGGUGAAUAACUGUCAGCCGAAUUUGCUGGGAAGAAUUUUUGAUGAAGGUCCGGCUCGUCGAUGGGUAAUAUGUGAGUUUUUUUAUUCUGGAGUCGACGAGCAACUUUUCCUCGGCGACAACGAGUUUGUGCAACUGAUUCAUGAAGCUUUCCCAAACCUAAAAACAACGCUUAUGAACAAAAUGGAAUGGCGCGUCAUACGUCGUCUCCUGGGAAAACCUCGCCGCUGUUCACCUAUAUUUUUCCACGAAGAGCGACAAAUUCUGGAACAAAGAAGACGGAAAGUGAGGGCUAUAUAUGACGGUUCAUUCACAUCGACGGCUAACUGUGAUUUGAGCGAUCUGCCACCUAAUCUCCCUGCUCCUCUGGUCGUUGGCAUGAAGGUUUAUGCAAGACUGAGGGCUCCAAAAGAUGGAAUUUACGGUGGCACGAUUGAUGCGUUGGUUUCUGGAGGAGGAGGAUACAGAAUUGUGUUUGACAAGGAAGAUAUGAUUCCACCAGCAUUUGUGCCAGACUAUGAGGUAAUGUAUGAUGGAUCCUUGGAACUACUUUCACUUUCUUAUUUUCUGCAACAAAAUAGCGCUCGGUUACCGGUUACUGUAAACUCAAUCCGUACGGUUCCGCUUCAUACAAAGCUGAAGAAGUCGACUGAUGUAAAUCAUGAGAAAGUUGGCAACUUUCCUGUGCGGAUGCUCGUAAUUUUGGUAAAAGUGGCCAAGCUAUUGGAAAUCAAAAAGAAGCUCGUGAAAACGUUGACCGAACUGAACAACGAAGCAGAGAAAGAAAGCAUACUCACCGAUGUUUAUACACCUGUGUUCCAGGAACGGUACGCGCGAACCGUUGUCGAUUUAGAAACAGUGAACCGGCAAGUUAACAUUUACCUGAAUGGAAUACAGGAGUACAACACACAACUUCUUCCACAUCUCAGUGAAGUCAGUAUAAGUGCUCGCCCCGAAGCACUACGGCGGAUGUGCACUUCUCACGCUAAUCAAAUAGUGAAGCAUUGUAACCAGGGUUUGAACGUUACUAAUACUCAAGCUCUACGUCUCAUCACAGCAUUAACCUCGCUUUUACUCCAGAUUCGUUCGCUGGGACAACAAAAAAUGACACCAGUGGAUCUCACCGCUUUGAACGACUCCAUCAACGAAAUCCAUCAGAUGGUUAGUUCUUCUGAAUCUUACAAUCUGUUUUACACUGGUUGA